CUCUUGUCCUCCUUGCUGCCGUUGUACAACAACACUAUCAUAACAAAUACCCCCAACAACAACAACAAUAUCGUUUCAUUCAUCAUCACUUCAACUAUAACAAAUUAUCAUCACUAGAACAUUCGUUUAUUAGUAUUAUUUUGUGGAUAUUUUGUUUUUAUUAUUGGAUUGAUUUUAACGUUUUUUUAGAUUGGAGUAGCAAAGCCUAAUAUUAUUAUUAUCAUAUCAUCAUCAUAACAAUUAUAUAUUAAAUUAUCUAAUACCGCAAGCCAUAUGCUUCUAUAAAUUUCACUUCAUCAUCACACUUACACUUUAAUAGUAUUAUUAUUAUACAUUUUUAUAUUAUUUAUAUUUCAUCUAUAUACUUUAUAUAUUAAUUAAACUAUGAUAUGGAUUGCUAGAUUAUUAGGUUCUUUUUGGAAAAGCUGCAAUGACAAUCAAUUGCAGAGGUAUUUUCACUCCUCUGUAAUUAUCAACAAACAAUACAUGUACAUCUAUGGAGGGGCUGAUAAAGCUGAAGGACAACACUUUAGCAACUCCUUUGUAGUGUACAACUUGGAAUCUGGAGAGUAUCACUGCUUGAAUGAUGUUAUUAAAAUUCUCAGAAGGAAGAAGGCAAUCAAACCAACAGGUAUUCGUACUAUUAAACCAGAGAAACUCAACAGAAACGACUAUGAACUAUUCCCUAAUGCAAAACUACCAAAACUUUCCCAACAUACCAUGACCCAAGUCUCUAAAUGUACUCUGUAUAUCUAUGGUGGACAAUUAGAAAAAGGUACUGCAAGCAACUCACUCUACAGAUUCGAUAUCGAAAGUAUGGAGUGGUUGAAAGUCAAGUGUUCAGCCAGACACUCUGCUCAAGAUAUUCUUCCUGCACUCUACGGCCACACUACCAAUGUUAUUGAUGGAACCAAGAUGUAUAUAUUCGGUGGUACUGAUGGUACUAACUAUUUCAAUGAUCUCAUGGUGAUUGAUACGGAAUCAAACACUUGGGUUAGAGAAAAGACUCAGGGUGUUAAACCUUCUCCAAGAUAUGGUCACACUUGUGUCCACUACAAUAAUUCUCUUUACAUUUUCGGAGGUGGUAAUGAUCAACACUUGUUCAAUGAUUUGUACAGUCUUGAUCUUGAUACUCUCACUUGGAAGCAUAUCAAAAUUGAAGGUACAACUGACUCUGCGAAGAGAGUCCACCACACUGCCAAUAUUAUUGCCAACAAGAUGAUUGUAUUUGGUGGUUUGGUUAAUGCUCACUCCCAUUCUAAUGAUUUGAUGGUUUUAGAUUUGGAACACUUUAGAUGGGAUAUUGAAAAACCCUAUGUAGAUAAGAACUCCCCUGCCCCACCAUCUCUUGUUGGUCAUUCAGCUCAAAUGGCUGGAACCAAGCUUUGGAUAAUUGGUGGAAAAUUUGCAGAAAAUGAUUCCAGUACCCAAAUAUCCAAUAAUGUCUACACUUUAGAAACAGGAAUAAGAGGGAUUGAGCCAAUUGAUUGUGGAAGAUCCACACUAACUAGUGAUUUAAGUUCUCUAAUUGACUCGGAAGAUUAUUCAGAUACUAUUCUAGAAUAUAAUGGCCAAUUCUACCAUGCACACAGACCAAUAAUAUAUGCCCGUGCUCCUCUUUUAUAUAGAGAAUGUAUGAGGCUAUCAUCUAACGAUAUUGUUAACGUAGGUGAUGCUGCAGACGCUCUAAUGAAAAAGAAAAAGCACAAGGCAACAGAGAAAUAUGAAGAAUUAAAACAAAAAUCAGAAAAGGUAAAGAGCUACGGAUUCAGAGGAUUACUUGAAUAUUUAUAUACAGACCGAGUCGGUUUGUUGGAUGGAGAGGAUAUUCCAGUUGAUGUAGAUAUAAGAUGUUGCAUUUAUGAGCUAAUUUUCUUAGCAGUUGCAUUUUCACUGGAUAGACUAUUUGCUCUAUGCUCAAAACAUUUAGAUUCAGAUUUUACCACAUCUAUCCCUGCUCCAACCCUCUAUACGGACAUGAAGAAACUUUAUGAAUCUACAGAAAAGAGCCUCUUAUUGGAGAAGAAUGAAGAUCAAGAUCGCCUCGAUUCUCCUCCGAGUAGCUCAAAGGCCCAUUUUGACUUUAGUCAAUAUGUCUCUGCAUCUCAAAGUGAGAAUGAUGACUCAUCAGAUGAGGAUGAUAAUUAUUCAAUCACUUCUCCAAUGUCAGUCUCAACUCAAGAUGGUGGUAAUAUUUUCAGUACUGUUCUUAGUACUACUACUUUUAUUAAUUCUGAUCAAUCUAAUUGCGACGUUUUGUUUAGUGUUGGUGCUGAAAAAGAAAGGAUUGCCUGUCAUAGAUGUAUUCUCAAUUCUAGAUCCAAAUUCUUCCGUAGGAUGCUUUCCAACAAACCACAACAACAACAUUCAAUUGGUAUGACCAAAAUUGAUGAAUUUGAACUUACUGGCAUUAGACCUCAGGUUUUCAAGUUAGUACUUCAAUAUUUGUAUAGUGGAAAUGUGUCCAUCAACUUUGAUAUUUCAGUAGAACUUCUUGUUGCUGCAGAAGUCUAUCAACUUGAAAGAUUAUCUCUAAUGUGUCAAAGUGUUAUUGAAAAGAAGAUUCACCCAGGAAAUGCCUCCACCAUAUUUAGCAUUGCUGAUUCAUAUGAUGUGAAGCAUUUGAGGGAAACAUGCACUUAUUUUAUAGUUCACAACAUGUCAAAGGUAAGAAAAACCAACAAUUACAAAAAGGAUCUCUCCUCAGAUCUUAAACAAGAGCUGAAGGAUCUCAGAAAACUUUUCAGACAACAAGAAGGAUCAGGAUUUUAUGAACAAUCAGAAUAUGCUCUUCCAUUUUCCACUUAUUACCAUUCUCACUUUGCCAGUUCUUCCUAUAAUAAUAAGCAAAAGAAGAAACACAAGAAUAAGCAAAAGCAAUCCGCUAAAAAGCUUGCUCCUCCACCAACACCAAACUCAGCUCCUCCAGUUCCUACCUCAUUGGGCAGAAAGAAGAUUAGAAAGCCUAAUUCACUUUCCUCUAUGAACGAUAUUGACGGAAAGGAAGAAGUUUCCUACUUGACUUCUCCAGGAAAUAUUCUUUUGGGUGUCAGUCCACCUUCCCCUUGGUCUUUCCCAUCUGAUAACAGUCCUACAUUGGCAGAUGACUCCUAUAGUUCUGGUUCAGUUGGAAAGAUCCAAAAGAAGAGGAAGAAGAAUGUUAAGAAAAACAUUUAUCAUUAGCAUUCCCUAUUCUUGUAAAUAUUCCUUGUUUGUACUCUUAUUUUCAAAUAAUAAUAAAUAAAAUAUAUUUUAAAUAAA